AUGGCACCGCCGGCCAGCCCUGUUGCCCCGAUGAAGGCAACAUCCAAUGGAUCGUUUCAAGGUGAAAAUCCUCUGGAUUUUGCUCUUCCCUUACUCAUCCUCCAGAUCUGCUUGGUCGUAGUUUUCACCAGAACACUCGCAUUCCUUCUUAAACCUCUCCGGCAACCUCGAGUUAUAGCCGAAGUCAUUGGAGGGAUAUUACUUGGACCCUCGGCAUUGGGGAGAAGCGAGAAGUUUCUCCACACCGUUUUCCCGGCAAAAUCAAUGACCGUACUGGACACCGUGGCCAACAUCGGACUCCUCUUCUUCCUGUUCCUCAUCGGCCUUGAACUCGACAUCCGCGCCAUUCGCCGCACGGGCAAGAAAUCCUUAGGCAUAGCCGUCGCCGGCAUCACCCUUCCCUUCGUCCUCGGUGUCUUCACCUCCUUCGUUCUCCGCUCCACCGUCUCCAAAGGCGUCAGCCAGGGCCCCUUCCUCGUCUUCAUCGGCGUCGCCCUCUCCAUCACAGCCUUCCCCGUCCUCGCCCGCAUCCUCGCCGAGCUCAAGCUCCUCACCACCGACGUCGGCCGCAUCGCCAUGUCAGCCGCCGCCAUAAACGACGUUGCCGCUUGGAUCCUCCUAGCCCUCGCCAUCGCCCUCACCGGCACCAACACGUCCCCUCUCGUCUCCGUGUGGGUCCUACUCUGCGGGGCCGGGUUCGUCGGGUUCUGCAUUUUUGCUCUCAGGCCGCUCCUGGCCAUGAUGGCGCGGCGGUCCCCGGAAGGCGAGCCGGUGAAGGAGCUGUACAUAUGCAUAACGCUGUCGCUGGUGCUGGCGGCGAGUUUCGUGACCGACACGAUUGGGAUACACGCGCUGUUUGGCGCGUUUGUGGUGGGGAUUGUUGUGCCUAAGGACGGGCCGUUCGCUGGGGUGCUGAUAGAGAAGAUAGAGGAUCUGGUGUCGGGGCUGUUCUUGCCGCUCUACUUUGUUUCGAGUGGGUUGAAGACGAACGUGGCGACCAUCAGCGGCGGGCUGUCGUGGGGGCUGCUGGUGCUGGUUAUAUUCACGGCUUCUUUCGGGAAGAUUGUGGGGACGGUGGCUUUGUCGAUGAUGUGUAAGGUGCACUUCAGGGAAGCUUUGGCACUUGGGUUCCUUAUGAACACCAAGGGACUGGUGGAGCUCAUCGUCCUCAAUAUUGGCAAGGAUAGAAAGGUACUGAACGACCAAACAUUCGCCAUAUUCGUUCUAAUGGCGCUCUUCACCACCUUCAUCACCACCCCACUGGUGAUGGCCAUCUACAAGCCCGCCCGCAGAGGAGCCCCCUACAAGAACCGCAGCUUUUUCCGCAAAAAUCCCGACACAGAGCUCCGAAUGCUGGCCUGCUUCCACAGCACCCGCAACAUCCCCACUAUGAUCAACCUCAUCGAGUCCUCCCGCGGCACCCGCAAGCGCGGCCGCCUCACAGUCUACGCCAUGCACCUCAUGGAGCUCUCCGAGCGCUCCUCCGCCAUCUCCAUGGUCCACAAGGCCCGCUACAACGGCCUCCCCUUCUGGAACAAGAAAACUGACGACACCAACUCCAACAAGGACCAUAUGGUCAUUGCCUUCGAGGCCUACGAGCAGCUCAGCACCGUCAAGGUCCGCCCCAUGACCGCCAUCUCCUCCCUCAACGACAUCCACGAAGACAUCUGCGCCAGCGCCCACCACAAGAGCGUCGCCAUGAUCCUGCUCCCUUUCCACAAGCACCAGCGGCUCGACGGCACCAUGGAGUCUCUGGGGAACUCGUUUAGGUCCGUCAACGAGCGCGUGUUGAGGCACGCGCCGUGCUCGGUUGGGAUUUUGGUGGACAGGGGUCUGGGCGGCACUGCGCAGGUCUCGGCCAGCGACGUGUCGUAUAAUGUGGUUGUGGCGUUUUUCGGUGGGCGGGACGACAGGGAGGCGCUGGCGUACGGCAUGAGACUGGCAGAGCAUCCCGGGAUUGUGAUGACUUUAGUGAAGUUUGUGGCCCCACCGGGGAAAACGUUGAUAUUUGGCGCGAAGUUGGUCGGUAUCACUUCGGAUAAGAACAAGAAGAUUGUGAAGGAGGAAGAUUGCGGCGACGAGAAGGAGGACGACGAGUCGUUUUUGGCUGAAUACAUGAGUGUAAGGAACAGUAAGAACAAGGAGGGCGGGGAGCCUUCGAUGCUGUACGAGGAGAAGGUGGUGGAGAGCAAGGCGGAGAUUUGUGUCGUGUUGAAAUCGAUGGGCAGAAAUGUCAAUUUGUUUGUGGUGGGACGAAUGCCUCCAACGGCGCCGCUGGUGGACAGCACGAGUGACUGCGCGGAGUUGGGCCCCGUGGGGAGCUUCUUGGCGUCGUCGGAGUUUUCGUCCACGGCGUCGGUUGUGGUGCUUCAACAGUAUAAUCCCACGGCGUCGCAGCCGCUUGUGGUGGAGGAGGCUGACUAUGAAUUACCGGAAACGUCAAUGGCUUAA